AUGACAUCCAAACAAUUCACUCAGGCAUCUCAACUGCCAAGGUCUCGCCGGCAGUCACAGGAUGACAUUGUGGAGGUUGGGCAUGAAGACGAGAGCGACAUCGAAGUUGAGGACAUUACCGACCAGCCGGAGCCAGAGACACAGGAAAAAAGGGAUCCCCCAGACAGAACGAAAAGUAGGAGCCCAGCAUAUGUUGCCCCUAUUCCCAAGAUUGGCAGCAUUCCCGAGGUUUCCCCUGGAAUCUCCUUAUCACCUGAGCGACCAAAAUUGCCGCCUUAUGUGGGGUCUAUUUUGAUGGGCAAGACAGUUGAUGAGUAUGGGGACAUUGUAGACGAUCAGACGGGGCAGGUGCUCGCCCGUGCCGGCGGUGACCUCCCCGAGAUUAUUGGGCGCAAAGUCUCCAACAGGGACGGCGACAUACUGGGAGACAACGGGGAACUUUUGGGUUAUGUCGCCGACAUUGAGAUCGAAAGGAAACCCAGCACGAGCCCACAUUCACCACGGACCGAGUCCCAACCUCGCAGCUUACUGGACAUGAUGCGAAAGGCCAAUGCUUCCUUGAUGGUUGACCACCUGGGCAAUAUUCUGGAUGCGUCUGGGAAUGUCGUGGGGAAGUUCCUUGACAACAACAACCCGCUUCACCGCAAGGAGAAAGAGCAACAGGAACUUCGAGAGCGCAUUCAGCAGCAAGCAGAGGCUGGGCCGUCAUCAGUGAGGAAAAAGAAGCAGGGGAAAAAGUCUGGGAAGGAAGACAAAGAGGGAGGUCAGGAGGAUGGCGUGGCAGACGAGCAAGAAGAGCAUCCGUCACCGCCGCCAAAAUCUCCCAAGAGAGAGCAGCAGAAGCAGUCUCAGGCAAAAGAGCAGGAGCAGGAGCCGGACCAGCCGAGACAACCCAGACGAACGGAGGAAGAGAGAAGACAGAACGCGGAAUCUUGGAGAAAGGAGAACCCCAGUGACAGCCCCUCCGAUAUCUUCCUGGACGUGAAGUCAACAAAGGAAGGGAUUCAACUUACCAUUCGGAUUCCUACCGUGUUUGGUAGUCAGCAGAUCAAGCCUAACAUCUCGUUUUCUUGA